GGGUCAGGUCAGGUCACGGUUUAAAAUGGCGGCGCGGAAGUGAGGUUUCGUCACUGCAAAAUCAUUCAUUCGUUAAACUCUCUCGAGGUGAGUAAAGUGGACACUUUUGAGAAAAGAAGAAAGAACAGCUAAGAUGAAGCUGAACAACAACCGGCAACAGCCAACUUAUCAAAGUACAGUAGGAAAGAGUUCGUCCAAAACUGACCAACUUCCAAAUAAGGCAUUAUUACACCAGGUGGUGUCAGCAACACAAUCAUGGACAGCACAAAACGCUGUCUCUGGACCCCUCCAGCCUCCACGAGAGGCCAGCAGUGCAGCUUGGAGACACCAGCACGUCCCACAAGAUGAGCCUUUUCCACCAAGAAAAACUUUAUCAGUUCCUGCUUAUUUUCGCUCCCCAUCUCUUCACUCACAUUCACACAUUCCCAAAGUUUGCAAAGAUAUGAAGAAAUCGUCUCCCCCUCCCACUGCCCCUCUUCUUGUACAUCAAAGCCCAGCUUCAAUGGCACCAGCCUACAGUAAUGCUUUAACUUCAUUUCCUGAUAGACAGAUAAACCUCAAUCAGUGGUCACCUUUUGCGUCUGGCAGUAGGUCUGAAACGUCUUCCACAUCCAGCCUCUGGUCUACCAAACCGGAUUCGCUCUCUCUCAAAAGAAGCUACAGCUCCGGGCCUGCCCUGUCUUCACCGGUGGGCAAACGGGAGAAUCAGACACGACAAGGGAUGUCGCCUAAAUGCCUGUCCCUUCCUGCCAUGUCACCCGGUUCUAAAACAGUCAGUAGAUACGGAACCAUUCCUGUGCCCCGUCCGCUGCUGCCUACCGUGCCAGAUUCUCCGGGCAGUUCGUCCCCCAAACCUGGCAGAAACCUGUCCACGCCCCCCAUGAAGAAGAGGAGCCUACGUCACAGGAAGUUGGGAUAUCCAGAAACCAACUCUGCCGCCAACACCAAAGAAGAACAAACCUCUUCUGAUCAUGAAGACAAAUCAAAAGUGGGGAAUGCCAAGGAGCCAAAUGGAUCAAGUCUGAGAUCUUCCCUUGUUUUCCUACUUGCAUUGGUGGUCAUUAGUGCUGUAACAGUCAUUGCAAUGCAGCUUUAUCAACAUGAAAAGGCCAAUGAUGGGAUACACUGUAGCAAUUCAGCACUUGAAGAAGAGCUGAAUCAAAGGCUGAUUGGACAGCACAUUGCCAAGAGAGUCGUUCUAGAAGCGAUGUCGGGACACCUGGCGGGGAAACACGGCAGCACACCUCUGGUGAUGUCUUUCUACGGCCCUUCAGGUGUGGGGAAGACGUUCCUGAGUAGACUUCUGUCCAGGUUUCUGUCCCAGAGUUGUGGCGUCAGAGCGCACGAGUUCAUCAUUCCCCACCACUUCCCUCAUCCAGGAGAAGCAUGGCAGUACAGGGAGCAGGUCCGAGACUGGGUCAGGGGGAACGUCUCACAUAGUGACAGGCAGCACUUGUUCGUGUUUGACGAGAUGGAGACGGUUUAUCCCAGUUUAGCUGAGGGACUUCUGUCAUUGCUGGAAGAAGAUACUACAAACACUAUGUUUAUCUUCAUCUGGAGCACAGAAAAGCUACCAAUGGGCAGGUAUUUGCUACAACAGAUAAGCAAGGGCCGAUCCAGAGAAAGCAUCAGAGAAGAGGAGAUACAGGACCUCCUACGACAGCUUCAACAAGUUGACGCUGACAGUGCAGAACCGUCUGCAACUGAUUUUGCGUACAGUGGAUCUGGCAAAACUGUUGCUGCUACUGCUGCUACUGUUAAAAAGCCUGGUAAUGUCCCAGAAGGCCAUGCUGCUGUCGAUCACGAUACCAUGGAAACUACCCCACCCUCAACUAAUGACUAUUCCUUGUAUGCCAUUGACUCAGUCUCUGUAGACUCUAACAGACAAGGAUGUAUCUGGUCCGGAGAAGUUUUAGGUGGGAAAGGUCCGGAUCUAGGGCGUUACUUUAUUCCCUUUCUCCCCCUUGAGAGAGAACAUGUUGUGAGAUGUGCAGAAGUAGAACUCGCUGCAAAUGGGGGAGUGAUUACCACUGAAACGGUGCAACGAACAGUUGCUGAGAUGCAAUUCUACCCUAAAGAAAGGCCCGUCUUCUCCAAGUAUGGCUGCAAGAGGUUGUCAGUCAGAGUUGAUAUUUCCAAAGAAAAUUGAUGAACUAUUUUGUUCUAAUAAUUUGGGAGUAUCUCCCGUCCGAUUGUUUUUCUUAUUUUCAUUAAGUCCAUGAUAAUUUGAUUAUAUGGAUGACAUCCUCUGAAAACACCAAAACUGAUGCGAGCGUGUGAAAAAAGAAACGUUUAGCAAAAAAAGUUGCAUUCAUUAUGACUUCCAAGUGGCCAGGAAGGUUAAACAAAUGUCUUAAAACACAGAGUAUGGUAUACCGAGCCAGUGAAUAGAUUUUCGACCGUCGGAUCGCUAUCCUUGGCAACCGCACAGCGACUGUUUUGAACAUAUUCUAGACAGUUGAUAAGAUGAUGGCGAUCAUUGAGUGAUCCAUGAGCGUUCACGGAACGCUCUAGCCAAUUUUAGGUAGCUCAGUGUUGGCAGCACCGUCACUGACAUACAGGCAUUGUCACUACCAACAAUAAAUGCUAUUGUCGUAGAA